AUGAGCGCAGUGUUCGCGCGGUAAUUGGCGCGGUUGGACGUACGGUCAUGCGAGAAUCAGCUGGCAGGAUGGCCGAACUAGAGUUCGAGGCGCCUCUUGCUCAAAUCGAAGAGGCGGACGACUGUCUUUCUACUGCGGACUAUCCGCAGAAGACCAUAAAUGGCAACGACAUACUCCUCAACAACUUAAACAAGCUUAAAAGUGAUAUGGUAAAAAUUAAAACUGACUCCAAUAAAAUCAACGAUAAUGACGAACCGAGACCGGUGAAGUGUAAACAGGACAAUAUGCAGAACGGUGAAGGAGAUAAUUUCACGGAGACUUUCUCCGGCUCGCUUGAAGAUCUGGUGAACACGUUUGAUGAGAAGAUUACAAAGUGCUUUGGAAAUUACGAAGAAAGCGUGGAGAAGCUCGCCCCGGUGCAAGUUCGUUCGCAGGAGGAAAUUAUGAACGAGUGCCAGAUGUGGUGGACAAUCACAGGAAACUUCGGGAACAUUCUGCCAAUCGAUUGGACCAAGUCUUUCUCGCGGAAGAUGCAUAUUCCGACUCUGAAUCUCAGUGAUAAAAAGCUAAAGUUUGCAAUGUCACUCGUGAUGCAGCUACGAUGUCGCGGCGUGGAGGUGGGAGGGACGCGGAUACUUGGUGCAAUGACUCCAGACGACGAGAUCCACAGUUCUGAAGAUGAGGCGGUUGCGUCGGAUCUUGACAUGCAUGCCCUGAUACUGGGCGGUCUCCAUCAGGAUCACGAAUGUCCUGUCAAGACAGCUGACGAGGUAAUACAAGAAAUAGACGACAUGAUGCAAGAGACGCCAUCUUCUGAAGGCGAUCUAAUUGAAUACAACGAGGCUUUGGAGAAAGGCAAAGAAGUGCUCAACUCACCGUUAUAUGAAGACAAACUACGCCAGCUAUCACUAGCUCAACUGAACGAGAUAUUCCUGGAACUGGAAGUGCUGAUACGGGAGUUCUCCGAGACACUUAUCGCCGAGUUGGCUCUGCGCGAUGAGCUGGAGUAUGAGAAGGAACUGAAGAACACUUUCAUUUCGCUGUUGCUCGCCGUGCAGAAUAAACGGCGACAGUACCAUAUUGAGAAGAAGAAACGACCCGGAACUCCUCGGUCGCCGGGUUUGAACAACAGUCACUCUGAACUUAAGUAUCUAACUACGGUGAUACCAUUCCACUUGGAAAACGGCCCGCCCGACAAUCAGUCUCUGCAAGUGCUCAUAAAGAUUCUAAAAGCAAUAAACGAAGAUAGCCCAACAGUACCAACGCUGCUAACGGACUACAUUCUCAAAGUCCUGUGUCCGACAUAAACGAAUACUUACACGUAGCUAAUUCAAUAUCAUUUUAAUAACAUUCUAACUACAUUUUUGCCUAUCAGCCAUUGUUUAUAAAUAACAUUUAAAGAAGGCAUGAUAAAUGAUAAGAACAUAAAUGUGCUGUAGUUGCAAAAAUGAACCUACUUAAUAAUCCAUAAUGGCGGCAAGUACGCUUUAUUUUUAUAGUAAAGCAACUGUCUGUGGGUAUUGAAACAUUUUGGCUUAAAUGUUUCGUGAUGUAAAAAUAAUUUAUAGUUUAACCACUGGAAAUAUGCAUUUUUGCCAGGUCGUGAUCAAAUACACGAAAUAAUAGAAGCGUGAUGGCGUCGACAUAAAAAAUAUUUUUAUUCCAUAUCACCACCAUGACGAUGGUGACCGAUUUAAAACGGACGAUUUUUAACGUGAUAACCUUGGCUAUAGACGCGUCACAAGCCGAACGCUUAGGCCGAUCGUGUAUCUCUAUCGCUUAUUCCGCGCCCUCACUUGAACGCUCGGCUCUGUCAAAACGUGACAAUGAGUCAUGAUUUGCCAGACGUUCAUUGAUUUAUAAGACUUCAUUAUGCCAAAAUUAUAUCAUUGUAUAAAUUUACAAUUUUCUUGUAUAUUUCCACAAUAUUUUUUUAAUUCAAAAUGCGCUGUUACAAGGUUAUGUCUACUGUUUUAUAUGGCCAGCUGUCCAACCAACGUCAGCAAUUCAUUCUUUUAUGGGCCGGAUUAUAGCUACUGGUAAAUUUUUUGUGACGGCUGGAAUUAAACGUUUUCGCAUAGCUUUGUCCAAUAAUAUUGCCUAUUCAUUUUUAUCUUCUUUCUAUGGCUUUUAGAUUAAUUUUAUUUCCUUAGUUUACGAAAGGCAAAAAUGUAGUUAUUGUUAGUGUUACGUCAAAAAGAUUAAUUGUAAUAAACUUAAAACUUGAUGUCAGCACAUUCUAUUUAAAAUUUAGGCUACUUCAUAUCAAAACAAUCAUGAAAUUCAAUCGCCUGCUAAAAUUGGCAGCGGGCACAAAAAAUGCACAUGUUUAAAAAUAUGAUGAAUUAUAAGUAUCUAUCUAUUUUGAAAUUUGAAAUUGGAAUAUUUAGAACGGAUAAGAACUUAUGCUCGCACUUGCAACGUUGUCUAUGCUCUCGGUGUUGCCAUGUGUAUAAUAGAAUUACCUAUUUUUUAGAAUUUGUUCGUAAUUUUUAUAUUUUAAGUGAAUAUUGCCAUAAAACGUAUUUUCAUAAUUCAAAUAAUUUUUUUUUGGCAUAUUUGUUUUAUAAUACUUUUUUGCAUAAAUGAACUGUGAUAUCGUAUUAUUGUAGUUUGUUAAUUAUUACUUCCUUUUAAGAUUUAAUUAUUCUGUGCUGUUUGAAUUACCGAUCAAUAAAAUUAAUUAUUAUUAUAUUUAUUUAAGAAAUUUAUUAAUUUAAUGUUUUUUUUGGAAAUAUCGAUUUUAUCGUGUAAAUAUGAAGUAUAAAACAACAGGAAUUGUCGUCUCAAAAUAAAUAUUCGAUAAAUUUAGUUAUUGUAAGAAAGUGCUGGAGAGGCUUGUAAAUAAUCACCGUCAGCUUUAUCUAAUUAAUUUAUAAGUUUUACUGUAAUACCUUUAUAGUAAGAGGCCUUAAACAUUGAAAAGCAUUAUGAAGGUACAAUCUUAUAAUAAAAAGUGACAGAAAGAUCUCUAAAAUGAUUCUACGUUUCAAAGUUUUUUUUUAUGAAAUUUUACAAAUAAAAUUUAAACAACGCAAUUGCCUUAAAAUGGUUAAAACACGCACUGGAUUCUUGGUGUUCUGCGUAAGUGCUAAAACCGCGCUGAAUUUAUAUUCGAUUGAUUCUAAUUAUUUUAUCUUAAUCUUACUAAAUUUUCUCUGUUGCUUUAUAAUAUGGAAAUUAAAUAAGCAUAUUCAAUUGAAUGUUGUUAACGAUGUUAUUCUUGUCAUUUUAAUUUAAUUUUUUGCAUCGAAUUACUAUUUUUUUACUUCUAGAGUCUAAUUGGAGCAAAAUUUCUUAAAUCUUAGUAACACUGAUUGUAACGAUUCUUUUUUAAAGUGGUUUUUUGAAACCACUAUUAAUAAAAAUAUGGUGGACCAUUCAUUAUAUUUAAUUUUUUUAAUUUACUUUAAAAAAUAAUCAUUAUGUCCGCAGUUGUAUUCUUACAUUUAAUUUUUUAGUUUUGAACUGAUUUGACUCAACUAACCCAAUGCUAUAUAACGAAGUAGCUAGGUCACGUAGGAAGAUAAAUUCACUAAACCAUUACGUUUGUCAAAUAAAAUAAAUAAUAAUUCCACUUAUUGUCAGCACUUUACGAUAUACAUGUAGUCUUAGAUAAUAAAUUUGUUAAAUAUAAGUUUUAUUUCUAGUCUCAACGUUUUGUAGUCAUAGUUUUGUUAAUUUUAAAACAUGUCAUAAGAAAAUCCCUAUAGAUACUUUAUAAAAAAUGUCAAAACUAAGAUUAUAGAAAACUCGUGUGAAAAAUAUAUAUAACGAAAAAUACUUAUGUAUUUCUUUUUUUUAUAUACAUGUUAAAAUAAACCAUAACAUCUUCACUUGAUGUGUAAUUGAAUGAUUUUUUUUUAAAUAUUACUUCACAAGAGUUUUUUAUAAUCUUUUGAAAAAUUCAAAAAAGAUUUGAAUAAGAUUAAGUAACUAUAAAAUUGCAUGAUAUUACUUGUAAAAUUGUUGUUGUAAUUUAAAAAUUGUUUGGGUAUUUCCGAGAUAACAUUUUGGUUCGCAAAUAAUACCGUGGAUGCUUACGUCGCACACUUUUAAAUUUUUUCGUGUAGCAACACCAAUUUGUUGUAUCUGUAAUUCUGUAGAAAAUGAAGGUAUGUUUGAGGAUAGGUACUGAGUGAAAACUGAUGAUGAAAAACAAUUAUAUUGUUCUACGUACUUUUGUGAUUUUCACUUUAUUUUUAUAAUUUUUGCGGUUGAACGAUAUAAAUUGGUAAAAAAGAAUAAAUCACGUAAAUCGAUUUCACUUAGGCAAACAUAAUAAAUAAAAAAAAUAAAAUAUGCAAUAUCUUUAAAAAAAAUACUGCUUUAAAAAGGAAUAUGAUAAAUUAUGAAAAUAUUGAAUUAAACACACAAUAUAGGUAUGUAUAUUGUAUAUUUGUAUAAUUAUGCGAUUACUACUGUAGUAUCUAUCUUUUUAUAUCGUGCGACUGUAGGGUCAAUGACUUAAAUGUAUUUAUAUCAAGGUUUGACGCAAUCAUGAAUACAAAUGGACUGAUUUGUAAAUUAUUGAGAUUUUAAUGAAAAAAAUCAUUCAUAAUGUCAAACGUCCGAUUGCAAGUUCGUGAACAUGCGUGCAGAGGCAAAAUGUUGCCAUGUAAAGCAAUUGAAGAACGCAACAAAAACAUGUCACUCACUAUGCAGUGAAGAAUGGAUGCGUAGUACCUGGUUAAAAUAAAGGAGCUUGAAAUAAAUCGAAA